GCUCGGAACACAGCACUGUGUCGGUUUAAACAGGAGACGUUUUCCAUAAAAGUCUUGCAAAUAAUCAUUCGGAAGCGGCACAGGGCUAAUAAUAUAACGUAUCACGCAAACCCUAAGAAUACUCUCAUAAGCUUCUUAACGCGUCGUCCUCAUCCAGAUAAAACAAGAGUAGGAUAGUGAUAACAGAAAUAGCCUACAUUUUUUAUGUGUGCAUGCAUGACCGUUAUCUGUGCUCGACUGGUUUAAAAGCCAUUAAAUCCUUCCCUCCUCGUCUUGUUCAACCCCCAGAUCUAAAUUUGGUAAUACACGAUAAUACUGUUGGCCUAACGUGGUCUCGACUCUAAACAUUUAACCAGGGACAUGUAGCACAAAAUGCGAUUUAUUCUAACGAGAGACUCAACGAUUAUUCUUUCUGAACUUUGUUUAAUGAGAAACAACCCUGCUGGAGGGGGGACACCCUAUAGAAACUCUCAUAGAAUUUGUAAUGGUUUUAAUGGUUCUAAUCUGGGAAUUGUAUUGGUUUCAAUGGAAACUGUAAUGGUCCCUAUGGGUCUCUACAGGACCCAGGUUUGAAUAUCUGCAUGAAGGUUGAAUAAGAUGGCGCACUUGGACCUGGGAGAUGUAGUGCUUCGGCGGAUGAAAGAGGAGGAUAUUGAGGCUGUAAAGGCUCUUAUCAAGCAAGGAUGUGAAGGGAUGGAGAACCGGCUCAUCCUACACCUCCUUACUAGACCACUGGUGGUCCUCCUGCUCGCCACAGUCUCUUCAGUGCUCCGCUUUGUAGUGCACUCCUUUAUGCUAGCCCUGUUUAUCCCUGUGUUCCUUCUCAUCGUGUACCUCAAGCUCACCAUCCCACGGUCCACGGGCAUCUUGGGCUCCAGCAGACCCUACUGGGACUACCUGGGCAGCAGCUACCAUGCUAGGUCCCAACCAGACCUACCAAACCCACAUGCUGCCAAAGCCAAGCCCGUCCCUGACCAGGACAAAGCCAAACGUCGCAAGAAAGCCAAAGAGAAGUAUAAGAACAAAGAGGCAGAGAAAGUUAAGCCUGAAGACAGUGAGAAGGUGGAUGAAGAUGAUCUAAAAGAACGAGCACGUGUUGCAGGGGAAGUGUGGGUCGCAGAGCGCGAUGGCGAGGUGCUUGGCUGUGUUGCCCGAGAUGGUUGGAGCCGGCAUGGUGUGUAUCGUAUCUGUAGGCUGGUAGUGCAGAGCUGGUACCGUAGAGAAGGGCUUGGCAAGCUGCUGGUCCAGAGCCUGGAGUCCAGAGCCAAGCAGAGCGGAGUACGCAGGGUCUAUGCUCAUGUGCCCUUCCCUUCCAAAGUAGGAGAGGCAUUCUUCAGAAAACUGGGCUACCGGCUCCAGGGAGAGACUUCUGGGGUGGAAGGUGAAGAGGAGGAGGAUUACGAAGAGCCAGGAAAAAGCUGGUUGGGCUUUCCAGUGACAAAGGUGUUUGUUAAAGACUUAUGGGUGUAAAUGGGCACAUUUUUUGUAACUACAGCUUUGCUUGAAAUCAUUAAAUAGUUACAUAAUUUGUGACAUUACUGAUUUUCAAAAUUCGGUAACAUCACUACAGUGAGUGAAAACCCACAACAACUGAAUUUAAAAUUACAUUUAUUUAUAUUGUUUAUUUAUUGUGUGGUGUUUUUUCUUCCUCUUUGCUUAUUUUUUUUCUCUCUAAUAAAUGUAUUUGUAAAAUUUC